ACAGGAAGGUGCUCCACAGUGCGUGUAGACCUUGAAUCGAAAGCUCCUCCAGCGCCCACCAGAAACAAAAGAUGGAAAUGCUGCAGAAAGGUGUAAACAGUACCUUCCCCACAGGCAGAAAGAAAGAUGCCUGCACCCCAGGCUCACUGCUGCUGAGGAUCCUCCUGGUGGGCAAAUCUGGCUGCGGGAAAAGUGCCACAGGGAACAGCAUUCUCUGCCGACAAGCAUUUGAGUCCAGGCUCAGAGCCCAGUCGGUGACCAGGACCAGCCAGGCAGAGAUAGGCACAUGGAAGGGGAGGAGCUUCCUAGUGGUAGACACCCCCUCCAUCUUUGAGUCAAAGGCUCAGAACCAAGACAUGGACAAGGACAUUGGAGACUGCUACCUGCUGUGUGCCCCAGGACCCCACGUGCUGCUGCUGGUGACCCAGCUGGGACGCUUCACAGCCCAGGACACCAUGGCCGUGAGGAGGGUGAAGGAGAUCUUUGGGGCAGGAGUCAUGAAGCACAUGAUCAUCCUCUUCACUCACAAGGAAGACCUGACAGAUGAGACCUUGGAUGGGUUUGUGACCCACACUGACAACCACAGCCUGCGCAGCCUGGUCCAGGAGUGUGGGAGGAGGUACUGUGCCUUUAAUAACAGGGCCUCAGGGGAAGAGCAGCAGGUACAGCUGGCAGAGCUCAUGACUGUGGUGAGGAGGCUGGAGCAGGAGCGUGAGUGCUCUUUCUACAGCAAUGACCUCUUCCUUCAGGCCCGUGUGCUCCUUAAUGGCAGCUACAGUGAGGAUCAGGAAGCCUACAGGUGCUACCUGUUGAAGGUGAGGCAGGAGGUGGAGAGGCAGAAGCGGGAGCUGAAGGAGCAGGAGGGCAGCUGGGUUCUCAAGGCGCUCCUCAGAGGCAAAGAGUGGAUGGCUUUGCACUAUGGGAUUUGUGCUAGUUUUGUGUUGGGCAUAGCAAUCCUCAUUGUUAUUUUUCUGCUCAUAUUUUACAAUGUUUGAUGCUUUGCACUUGAGGGAAGUUUCUAAAGCACCAUGUCAGUAUUCAUUGAUGUAAGCAUCACCUUCAGAAAAACCACUCUCUGGUCUGUGAGACACUGCUAAUCUGGGCCUCUUCUGUUUCCCCUUUAGGAUUCUAGUUUAGAUUAGGCAGAGUUUAGAGCUCAGGAGUCCUGCAGAGAAGAGGUGGGAAGGAUCAGAGGAGCCAGAAGGUCAGGGGCACCACAAGAGAGACCACAGUCCACAGAAUCAACUGACUGGGAUUCAUAGGGGCUCACAGA